AUUUGACUGUGAAGAACCAAACUGUUUAUUCUUUUGACUCACAAGUGACAGCUCGUACUGAAAGAAGUCAGAGUGUUGUGUGACGCCUUUGACAUCGGUUUGCGUCUUCAUCAUCGAUUUAAAUGGAACUAAGAAAAAGGAAACAUUCCCAAAUGUGGCAUCAUUUUGAUCUUGUAGCGCCAUAUAAGAUGAUUGCGUCACAUGACAGUCUCGCGUCUACCCCACAUCUCGCCCGAAGUCAGCUGGGAUAGGCUCCAUCUUACGCCCCGCCUUUCACGUCAAGUCAGCUGGGAUAGGCCUCAUGAGGAUAAGCGCCAUAGAAAAUGUAUGGAUGGAUGCACUUUCCCCAGGACAAGGCCUUAACUGCUGAAUUGGUGUCCAGCAGUGUGUCCCGCCUUGCUCGCUUUGACACUGGCCUUCAACACCCAUACUACCACCUGGCUGUCCCUGGUCACAGCCUGAGUGAUGUUUCUGUCCUGUGUAAUUAUUGUCAUCUACAAAAGCUGGAGCUGCCACACAACAGCAUCACAGAUCUGACCUGCGUGAACCACAUGCCUUUCCUCACCAUCUUGGAUGCCUCUCACAACAAGAUCUCUGAUUUCUUUGGCUUCCAGGCCCCUAAGAACCUGAAGGAGGUCAACUUCUCCCACAAUUGUCUAACACAAAUGAAGGACUUGUCGGACUACCCAGCUCUGAUGAAGCUAGAUCUAAACCACAACAAACUCACUGAGGUCAUGGGCCUGGAGAAGUGCUGCAAGCUGACCCAUCUCGACCUGGCUUACAACAACAUCUCCAGCAUCAGCAGCCUUGAUGCUGUACCACUCACACACCUCAACCUGAGAGGGAAUCAACUGAAGGGCACGGAAGGCUUGGAGAACCUGAAGAAUCUGCAGGUUCUUGACUUGGCUAAGAACCACAUCACUAAUCUCUCUGGCCUCCAGAACCUGCACCUGCUGGGCUUCAUCAACCUGGAUGAGAAUGAGAUUAGUGAGACCGAGGAGUGCAAACACAUCCAUGAUCUUCUCCUGCUGAGGGAACUGAAUCUGCUGGGUAACCCUGUACAGGAGCAGCCACAGUACAGGCUCUCAGUGAUCUUUCUCCUCCAGCAUCUGACCAUGUUGGACCAAAAAAUAGUCACUGUUGAGGAAAAGGUUACAUCCAUCAACAAGUACGACCCCCCUAUGGAAGUGGUAGCAGCCAGGGAUCACAUGACCCAGCUGAUGUAUCAGCUGAUGCAGCCCCAGCUACUCUAUGAUAGCACUCUACCCAGUGACGACGCUCCGUAUCCUAUGCUGGUUCUGACUGGUCCACAAGGCUGCGGGAAAAGGGAACUAGCCCAUCGUCUGUGCCAAGAUUUUGACGAGUACUUUGCAUACGGAAUCGGCCACACCACCAGGGAGCCCUACUUUGGAGAGGAGAACGGAAACGAUUACCAUUUUGUCAAUGAAGAGGAAUUUCAGCAGCUGGUACUAACGGGUGCAUUCCUCCAGACCGUCCAAUAUGGUGGCCAUAGGUACGGCUUGAGCAGGGAAGCCAUCGAAGACGUCGCAAAGGAAGGACUCGCAUGCUGCGUGCACAUGGAGCUUGAAGGUGUGUUGAGUCUGAAGAAGAGCAUCUUUGAACCUCGCUACAUCGUCCUCCUGCCCACCUUGCUUGAGAAGUACAGAAACACCCUGGGAACUAGAAACCUGUAUACGCCAGCCCAGAUUGAAGUGGCUGUGUCGCGCAUAGACCUCUACGCCGACUUCAACAGGAAACGUCCCGGCUUCUUUGAUAACGUCAUUCCCUGCGAUGACCUGAACGAUGCCUACCAGAUGCUGGAGGAGGUGGUGAAGGACUACCUGUUGCUGAACGAUCGGGAAGAAGGUGAGGUGCACAAGGAGGAGAAGCCAAGGUCAGGAUUCUCCACUUCAUCCCACCCAUCCACUGCUGCGCUCGACCCCUCACUCCCGCGCUACAAAAACUACUGCACCAAGAUCAGGGAACAACUUGCCCCCAGCAAGACCCCUGCUGAGCUGGCUUCCAUCCGACGGCGGGAGCAGCCGGCGAGAGAGGCAGUAGUGGGGAAGAGUCCAGGGGUCAACAGUAGUUUCAUCAGAAGGUUCUUUUUCAAGCAGCACACACACUUGACUGCACUCAUGCCUAAUUGUGAGUGGGGGUCCUCUCUGUGCCGUGGGGCCAAAUUGGCUUGAUUGUCCCACUUGUCCAAACUGCUGUUUAAUGGCUUGUUUGGGCUUUGUGUGUGACCUGGAGGGUGAAGUGGACGAGUGCUUAAACGGUUCCUAACCAGCUGUGUACUAAAUUUGAGGAGCUUGUUGGAGUUGUUUGCACAAAGCAGAAUCCUCAUCUCAUCAAAAACAUCAGUCAAACUCCACCAGGAUUUACCUCGCAAUAGUAAAGAAAAUCCUGAAUCCAGACGGUGAUCCAGGUCAGCCCCAAAAUGUAAUCACUUUAUCCGAUUUCUGACAUUUCCUAAAAGUUUAAUCAAAAUGUGCCCAAAACGUUUUGAGCUAUCUAUAGUAGAAUGAAAGAAAUGGAGUGAAGCCUCUUGUCAAACACUCUUUGUCUCUGUGGGUGGAGUGGGGGAAACUAGCAUAUACCGUAGUAAGGUAACAUAGUACCGUAUUUUUCGGAGUAUAAGUCGCACCGGAGUAUAAGUCGCACCUGCCGAAAAUGCAUAAUAAAGAAGGAAAAAAACAUAUAAAUCGCACUGGAGCCCGGCCAAACUAUGAAAAAAAACUGCGACUUAUACCGGUAGUCCGAAAAAUACGGUACUUGUCUUGUUCUUUAUCAAGUUUCUGACAUUUCCUGAAAGUUUUAUUAAAAUCUGCCUGUUACUCUGCCUGUAACCAAUUAACUAGUCAACCAACUAACUGACAAGGCCUAACAAUAACUAACUAAUUAGCCAACUAACGAUCUGGCUAACCAACCCACUAAUUUAUUCAUUGACUAACCAACUAAAUGACAAAAAACCCAGGAUAACUAAUUCACUUAUUAACUAACCAAUUACCAACCACCUAGUCAAAUAGUUAACUAGAUAACUCACUGACUGACCAGAUAGCUAACUAACUACCAACUAACCAAUUCAAUGCCUAACUAACCAACCAACCAACCAGCUAACCAAUUUACAGACCAACAAACCCCAAGAAUAACUAACUAAGCACAACAAUUACAUAACCUCCUGGCGAUGGUAACAAACAAUGUAUGAACAAAGGUUAAUGGUUGCUAGUUUAGUGCUCCUCACAUAGUUACGAUGACAUGGGUGGAAUUAAAUGCCCCUGCGGCCUUCACACAGUUGACAUCAUGCAUUUGCUUGUUGCUGAGGCCUUCAGUGUUUGUGCAGAGGAUUCCAGACAUGUCUUCUUGUCUGCACUUCUUAGUGGGGGCGCGUCCCAGCUUGUGUGUCUUCUUCACAUAUUGUCACAGCAUACUGACUGUCAAUUAAUUGAGUCCCAGAGGGCCAUAGUUUUUGUAGCCAGGCAACAUAACAAGGUGGAAUUCAACUCGCCCAGCUUCUCCUCUGGGAAACUUGUCAUCUCAUUUUUCCAUCCUUGUCCCAACAGCUCCUAUGAAUCUCUGGUCAGUUCUGCAUCCAGUUGGCCACGAGGUGGCGAUAUCCUUGGACUUACAGU